UGUGGGAUCCUCAGUGCUGCUCCCUGGGCCAGACAAUGUCACCCACAGCAAUUCCAUGUGCUGGGAAUUCCUCAAUGGCACCGGCCCCCAGCCCAUCCUGCAGCACCAGGGUGGGCCCCACGCCCCAGCCAUCCACGCCCCCUAUGCAGGACGAGCCGUUUUCCAUCCAUCCAAUGGAUCUCUGCUGCUGCAGGAUGCCCAGGAAAGCGACAGUGGCACCUACAGAGUGACUGCCAACACAGGAGACAGGAAGAGCCUGGAAGUGCAGCUGGAAGUGCUCCAGCCUGUGUCCCGCCCUCAGCUCCGGACCAGCAGUCUCCUGGCUCGGGCCACUGGCCAGGUCAUCUGUGAGGUGGCAGAGGGCAGAGUGGACACCAUCGCCUGGAAGAAGGAUGGGCAGCCCCUUCUCCCAGACAGAGUUUCCCAGCUGUCCAGCAGCUGCAGUGUCCUGUACCUGAGGCCAGCCAAGAAGUCGGACUGCGGCUCCUAUUCCUGCAAUGCCAGCAAUGGGAUCAGCUGGCAAGAAACCUCCCUGGAGGUCACCAUUGAAGGUCUCUCCAGUCACUUGAAGCACAUCCUGAGGAUGGCAGUGAUCGCUGUGGUCUUCGCUGCUGUCGCAGCGUGGGGAUUAAUUAUUCCAGUCUGCCAGUCUGAAAGGCUCAGGAUAAGUGAGCUGGGGGGAGUGGGACCCCAUUUCCCUUGUCUGGUGGGGGAGAGCAAAAAGCAUUGCCCUGGGAACCCCCAGAUCCUGGGAUAUCCUACAGCAUCUGGGUGGGGAUGGGCUGCACCCCACCACGAGGAAGGGGUGAUGGCUGACACGGGGUUCCCAGGGCUCACAGCAGUCACCCCCCUCUGCUCUGGGUUUUCAGGGGGGGAGCUCUGGAGGUGGCUCAGCUCCUACACCUGCGGGCUGGUGUGCAUCGCCUGCAUCCUGGAUGGCACCGCUGGCAUCCUCUGGAUGUGGGAGGAAGGCCCUUCUUUGGCUGUCAUACUGCCCGAGAUCACCCUGAGCUACCUCAGCGUGGUGAACUUCCUGGGUGCCACCGCCGUGAUUUUCCAGCCUACACAUUUCAGCCGUCUGAAGAGCAAAAAGGAAGAAGGAUGCACGGAGUUCGUGGACGUGACCAUCCUGGUGAGCAGCGCAGUGGCCGUGUCGGUGCUCCCGCUCCUCGCCAUUGUCCUCUGCUAUUUGUCUUUUGCACGUCACACGGUGCAGGGCUGUAGCAACGACUGUGAUGUCUCUUGGAUGGGCAAAACCAGGUCCUUCGAAAUGUCUCAGCCAGGCACCAAGGACACCAAUCCCAGCUGAGAUCCAUGUGGGUGUCUCUCACUUGGCCAAGCCAGCCCAAGCCCUCCCCCAGGUUUAGUCGGUUCAGGAGUCUCAGUUUUGGUUCCUCUGUCAUCUUCAUAAUAAAUGUCCACGAACGUAA